AUGCUUGGGGGUCGCUAUGCCACCAAAUACUCACAGAUCUCCUCCAGUGGACAUCCUAAGCUUCCAGAAGGGAAAAAGAGUCCUGCUGUUGGGGAGAAGAACCUGGUCUGCCAUUGCUUGGUGCUCCUGGAUUUUGAGCCGCCCCGGCGCCGCGGGCGCCAGCGCUACGUGGAGAAGGACGGCAGGUGCAAUGUGCAACAGGGCAACGUGCGCGAGACGUACCGCUACCUGACCGACCUGUUCACCACGCUCGUGGACCUGCAGUGGCGCCUCAGCCUGCUCUUCUUCGUGCUCGCCUACGCGCUCACCUGGCUCUUCUUCGGCGCCAUCUGGUGGCUGAUCGCCUACGGCCGCGGCGACCUGGAGCACCUGGAGGACACCGCGUGGACGCCGUGCGUCAACAACCUCAACGGCUUCGUGGCCGCCUUCCUCUUCUCCAUCGAGACGGAGACCACCAUCGGCUACGGGCACCGCGUCAUCACCGACCAGUGCCCCGAGGGCAUCGUGCUGCUGCUGCUGCAGGCCAUCCUGGGCUCCAUGGUGAACGCCUUCAUGGUGGGCUGCAUGUUCGUCAAGAUCUCGCAGCCCAACAAGCGAGCCGCCACGCUCGUCUUCUCCUCGCACGCCGUGGUGUCCUUGCGCGACGGGCGCCUGUGCCUCAUGUUCCGCGUGGGCGACCUGCGCUCCUCGCACAUCGUCGAGGCCUCCAUCCGUGCCAAGCUCAUCCGCUCGCGCCAGACGCUGGAGGGCGAGUUCAUCCCGCUGCACCAGACCGACCUCAGCGUGGGCUUCGACACGGGCGACGACCGCCUCUUCCUCGUCUCGCCGCUCGUCAUCAGCCACGAAAUCGACGCCGCCAGCCCCUUCUGGGAGGCGUCGCGCCGCGCCCUGGAGCGGGACGACUUCGAGAUCGUGGUCAUCCUCGAGGGCAUGGUGGAAGCCACGGGGAUGACGUGCCAAGCUCGGAGCUCCUACUUGGUGGACGAGGUGCUAUGGGGCCACCGCUUCACAUCAGUGCUGACCCUGGAGGACGGCUUCUACGAGGUGGACUAUGCCAGCUUCCAUGAGACCUUUGAGGUGCCCACACCUUCAUGCAGCGCCCGGGAGCUGGCAGAGGCUGCAGCCCGCCUUGAUGCCCAUCUCUACUGGUCCAUCCCCAGCCGGCUGGAUGAGAAGGUGGAGGAGGAGGGAGCCGGGGAGGGCUCAGGUGGGGGAGAUGGGGAUGACAAGGAGCAGAAUGGCUGCCUGCCACCCCCAGAGGAUGAGUCCAAGGUGUGACCGGUUUGCUCCAGACCCCUGUGGCAGACAGGAGCCAGACACAGGUACAUGGGGAGCUGGAUAGUGGAGGUGGAAGAGGAGAAAGCAGGCGGGGUCCUGGGGAACGUGCUAACAUUGGAGAGGCCCCCUGAGAACUUGAGUCUAGGAUCCAAUAGGAAGGUUUUCAGGAGAAUGGAGGGCGGGGAACGGUGAACAGACCAGUCUGCGUUUGACCUUCAUAUCUGUUCAUGGCUGGGUGGACAGUCGGAAGGAUGAACUUGUGGGGGCUGCAUGGGAAGGUGGGGGCUGAUGGACAGUUAAAUGGGCUGUGGAUACGGGAAGCACACCUCUGUGCAAGUUCUAGAAGGAAUCCUUUCCCUCCAGACAGACGCAGCCCCAGGCCAGACGCGUGGCUUUGGGGACAGUCCUCACUCGCCUCCUCACCAGCCUCCCUGUGUGUGGCCCACCUAAGUGGACACAAUAGCCUAAGCCGAACCCGAGGAGAGAAGACUGGGUGGAGGUGGACGCAGUGAGGAUGGUGCCCUCCCACCUCCACCUUCCCACGGUGACAGGCUCAGCAGGAGAAAGGGUUGCAAGAGAACUUGGCGAAGUGUCAGGGACCUUAAUCCUCGGGGUGUGGGGGAACAGGCAGCCGGAGCAGAUGCCAGAGCUGGGGCCCUGGGACGAGGGAUGGCUAUUUCGUGACAGUGAAGUGAGAUCUUGCAGAUAACACCGCAGAAGCAGGAGGAGAGAGCUUCCGAAGCAGAAGAAAGGCCAGGGGAAAGAUCUAGAGAGUGGGAAACCCUUGGGAAAGCAGAGUUUGUCCUUGGGGGCUCUGCGGGCUCAUUUAAAUCACUGCGGAGAAGUUGGGUAUAGCGGACACUCACCGACCUGGUUCCUCGUCCUGGAACACAGGCUCAUGGAAGGAACAGGAAUAAACCUGUGGUGGUGGAAUGAGAUCCAGCUCACCCUGAGAACCUGCGCAAUCUCUUGGAGCAGGAGAUGGGAGAGUUUCAGGAAUCCGAAAGCUAGAAGUUGAGUAAGGCAAGGAAAAUGAGGAAAGCCUGCAGUCGUAAAACUGCUGCGUACAGAAUCGCCUAGAGAGCUUGUUAAAACACCCAUCGCUGGGCCCUUCUCCCAGGGCUCUGACUCAAUAGGUCAGGUGGAAGCUAGAAAUUGACACGUCUAACUCAUUCCCAGGUUACACUGACGCUACUAGACGGGCGUGUGAGCUGAGGACCUUCCAGCGGAGAAAUAGGAAGGGUAGAGGAUUGUGUGUGGGUAGGGAGACCUGAGCGCAGGCUGAAAAGUUUAAAGCAGGAAAAGAUUCUAAGACUGAAGAGGCGGCCUCUCAAGCAUAAGGUCCUGAGUUCAAGCCCUGGUACCAAAAACCAAACAAACAACAACAACAAAAACCUGAAGAGGCAGGAAUGACUGAGAGGAAAACAGAGUCCAGACCUGUGGGUGUGUCUGUGGCCUGCUGUCUGUACCACUGUGACAAGAGCCAUCCCAGGAGAGGGGAGGUCAGUGGCGGAAAGAAGGGGCCUGGGGUCAGUUGAGAGGCCCAAAGGUUGGCCUCUUGGAGAAAGCAUAUAGCUCGGGCGAGUAUGUCUCAGAUGUCCCUCCAGGCCUGGCACUCCCCACUCCUGUCCUUGCAUAAAAGUCUGAAGUACUUGGGGGAGGCAGGCACCCCAGUCCAUCCUGGUCUAGGCUGGGAAGCAGAGAUCCUAUGAGGCACUGCGUGUCUCCUAGGAGAAAAGGGGUCGUCCCACUUUAAAGGACUUAAAGGACCAAGUCCUUCAGUCCAGGCAUGGAUGUCUUUCCGUCUGAGGUCCUAGGGCCACCUGAGUCACCCUCAGUUAAAGCCAGGGCCCCUGAAGGCUAGCAUCGGCUGCUCCCCCAAGAACAGAUGUGGGGCGGGGGAACGGGGAGCGAGGUAGAGUUAAUUCAGUGAAACAGAUGGGAGACCGGACAGGAAGGGUAGCUGCUUGGUUCCCACGCAUACUCAUUUAGCACUGAAGCUGCUGCAAUGGAACAGAUGGAGAAACUGAGGCUACAGCAGGCCCCUCCUGCCCGGAAAUCACUGAGAUGCUGUCACACCUGUCCUCACCACCACCACGCUCAGGUCACCACUGCACAGUGCAGAGUCAGGAGAUGGGGGUUCCAGUGCCAACACUGUUGCUGAUUAACUGUAUGACUCUGAGAAAGUCACAUAAGUCUCUGUGCCUCAGUUUCCUCAUCUGUAAAAAUGACUUAGCAAACUAGUAAAACUCAAUAAAUGUUAAAUAGUUGAAUCGAAGGAGGUAGACUGGAUGCCUCUUAAGGUGCAGAACUGAGAAUUUAAGGACCAGAGAAUCCUUAAGUGAAAGCGAAGCCACACAGGGUGGGGUGCAGGCUCCCCUGACUGCUACUGUCCCUACCACCCAUCAGGCUGGGUUCUGGGGCUACUAUUCUGCUGCUGUCAGAAUAACUAUAAAGUCAGGAGAAAAAAGACUGAGGCCCUGGGCCUGACGGGAAGAGCCAGGCUCUGGACUAGCACAACCCGCAGGAGAGGAGCUGAGGGGGGUGGUGAGUCUGGGAGCUCACAAAGGGCUCAGGCCCUGGAACACCCUGCCCUGUAACCUGGGAGAGGGCUGCGGAGCAGGGACCACGCUCAGCUGCAGUUCACCCUCCCGCACGCUCCGCUCCCCAUGUAGGAGCCCCAUGAGGAGCUGCCUCAGCAGUGACAACUCAGGUGGCCGAUGGGACCCAGGCGCCCCCUUCUGGGUGCGUGGCAAGGCUCACAGAGGCCAGAUGGUGUUUAUGGUAGGAAGAGGCCCAGACUGUUCAGAAUAGGUUGUCAACCGCCAACAACCUACCCACUGCACACCCCAGCCUUUGACAGCCACACGGCGGGGGGAGACACAGCAAGGCCUGGAUUUUAUAAAACAAGUUUAUUCACAUUUUAGAAAAAAACUAUUUCGAGGAUGGGGAAUGCCUUCACACAGGAUGGGUAUGAGGCCAAGAACAGGAGGCCAGGGAGGAGUUUGGGAGGGAACGUAUGGGGAGUGGGGUCUUAUUUCCCACCCUGGGCAG